UGCGCGCAGGACAGGAGGAGCUGGAGAAAGCGCACCGGCUCGGCGCAUGUAUCUGCUCGUUUUUCUUUCCCGUCUGCGAUUCCGCUGCGCCUCGUAUCGGAUGCUGGAUGCAAUCCAUCCCCGCGUCAACAACACACCUCUGACGGACAAACCAUGGACAGUCUAGGCAGCCGCUGUAAGAUUGUGGUGGUCGGGGACACGCAGUGUGGGAAAACGGCGCUCCUGCACGUUUUUGCCAAGGACUGCUACCCAGAGAACUACGUCCCCACAGUGUUUGAAAACUACACGGCCAGCUUCGAGAUAGACAAGCACCGGAUUGAGCUGAAUAUGUGGGACACGUCAGGUUCCUCUUAUUACGAUAAUGUGAGGCCGCUGGCGUAUCCUGAUUCAGAUGCAGUUCUCAUCUGUUUCGACAUCAGCCGCCCGGAGACUUUGGACAGUGUCAUAAAGAAGUGGCAAGGGGAGACGCAGGAGUUUUGUCCCAACGCCAAAGUGGUGCUGGUGGGCUGCAAGCUGGACAUGAGGACGGAUGUCAACACCCUGAGGGAACUGUCCAAGCAGCGCCUCAUCCCUGUCACCCACGAGCAGGGCAGCACGAUAGCUCGACAGAUUGCGGCGGUGGCCUACGUUGAGUGCACCUCCAAGGUUUCAGAGAACAGCGUUCGGGACGUGUUCCACGUCACCACGGUGGCGUCGGUGAGGCGGCCGUACAAGCCGCAGCUAAAGCGCAGCAGCUCCCGCAGAGGCCUGAAGCGAGUCUCGCAGCUCCCCUUGCCUCCCCUGCCGGGUCGGACUGAGCAAAUGGACCAAGCCCCGGCCAUGAGGAAGGACCGGGCCAAGAGCUGUGUGCUCAUGUAGAGACCCAGUAUUAAAGAUAUAUAUAUAUAUGUAUAUACAUAAACACAGAAAUAUAUAACAGAGGAGGUCUAUUUAUUGUUUUUUGUUGUUUUCCUCGUAUCUUCAUUUUUUGCACUGCAGAGGAGUGAUGAAAAAAAAACACUGCGCUGUGGAAAGAAAUGCUUUGGAUUUUUCUUUUCUUUUUUCUUUUAUUGCGUGUGUGCAUAUUUUCUAAGCUGUUUACAUAUUUGUGUUGUUUUGAAAUGAUGACAAAUUGGACUAACCCUCUGGAUAUGAGGAAGCUGUGAUAGUGGAAGUGCCGUCUAGUCCCGGGUAUUAAAGAGGAAUUAAUUUCCUGAAAGCGCUCUAAUAAGAGGAUGGAGCCGAGGCGGUGGCGAGAGUGAAGAGCAUGCGAGGAGAACCAUGUUGAAGCAGGACAUCGGGGGAUGAAGAGCGUUCAAAGACAGUGCUGCUCAGCGAACAUGAGGACUGAUUGUCCAGCCGCGCUGCCUCAGGUUGCUUCCUGUUGCCAUAUUUGAGAGGAAAGCAAGUAUGUACAGUGAUGCUGAAAAGGGAUUCUAGUGAUGCGAUGACUGAUGGCUCAAACCAAACAUUAGGAGCUAAAAAUGACAUUUUGUAACACUGAAAUAUUGUGGAGGUGUGUGUGAGCAUUACUACCACAAGUGCAUUUUAGAAAAGUCACUCCAUAUCUGAUUUUAUUUUGCUCAUUUAACACUGUUUUUCUCAUCAGCUCCAGCUGUGUCCGUUUGAUUCAUGCUGUUGUCACUAUUUUAAAGAUGUUUCUUUGUGGAAAAUAA